ACGCUCCCUUGCGCCCAGAGCGCCAUCGAGACUACAGUUCCCAGCAUGCAGCGUCGCCCCUGGUUUCUGGCGUCCCGCUGGACCCUGCUUUGGAGAGACCUUUUGGUCUCCAGCGGGCGGGCCCUGAAAUCCCAGCCCCCUCUGGGGGACGUGUCCGGGGGCCACUUCUGGCGCGUUAGGCCUGUCCAGACGAAGCCUCGAAGGGACUGGUUGGGCCCUGGCCCGGGCUUCUCUCAGGCGGCGUUUGAGGCAGCCCCAACAGGGUCCUCCUGGGGCCUUUCUCCCUUUGAACAGCGGUGGCGGGCGGGCGCACUGUCUCCUGCACCCCUCAGAGCCGGGACCGCCAUCACCAUGGCCACGGCUGCAAGUCGGCCCUACGCCGGCGGGUCGCGGGACAUCUUGUGGCGCGUUUUGGGCUGGAGGAUAGUUGCGAGUAUUAUCUGGUCAGUGCUGCUUCUACCCGUCUGUACCACAGUAUUUAUCAUCUUCAGCAGCAUUGAUUUAUUUCAUCCUAUUCAGUGGCUGUCUGAUUCUUUCAGUGAUCUGUAUAGCUCCUAUGUAAUCUUUUACCUCCUGCUGCUGUCAGUGGUGGUAGUAAUAAUAAGUAUUUUUAAUGUGGAGUUCUAUGCAGUUGUGCCUUCCAUUCCCUGCUCCAGACUGGCACUGAUAGGGAAGAUCAUUCACCCUCAGCAGCUCAUGCAUUCUUUUGUCCAUGCUGCAAUGGGAAUGCUGGUGGCUUGGUGUGCUGUGGUGAUAACCAAGGGUCAAUACCGUUUCCUUGUGGUUCCCUGCACUGGUACUGAGAGUUUAAACAGCCCUGCUGCACAGACCUGCUUAAAUGAGUAUCACCUUUUUUUUCUACUGGCUGGAGCAUUUAUGGGCUACAGCUAUAGUCUCCUGUAUUUUAUUAACAACAUGAAUUAUCUGCCAUUUCCCAUCAUACAGCAAUACAAAUUCUUACGCUUCAGGAGAUCUCUGCUCUUGUUAGUUAAGCAUAGUUGUGUGGAAUCACUGUUCCUGGUUAGGAAUUUUUGCAUCCUUUAUUAUUUUCUUGGCCAUAUUCCUAAAGCUUGGAUUAGCACUGCGAUGGAUCUUCAGAUAGAUGAGCACUUUCACAGGCCUCUUGACACUGUGCGUGGCCUCCUCAAUCUCUCAUUACUCUACCAUGUCUGGCUGUGUGGUGUCUUUCUUCUGAUGACUUGGUAUAUCUCAUGGAUACUCUUCAAAAUCUUUGCCACAGAGGCUCAUCUGUUUCCUGUUCAGCCACCAUUUUCCGAAGAGUCAGAUGAAUGCCUCCCAAAGGUUUUAAACAGCAAUCCUCCCCUCAUCGUUAAGUAUUUGGCAUUGCAGGACCUGAUGUUGCUUUCUCAGUAUUCUCCUUCACGAAGACAAGAAGUUUUUAGCCUUAGCCAGCCAGGUGGACAUCCCCACAACUGGACAGCCAUUUCAAGGGAGUGUUUGAAUCUUUUAAACGAUAUGACUCAGAAACUGGUUCUCUACCAAGAAGCCGCUGCUACAAAUGGGAGAAUGGUGUCCUCUUACUCCGUGGAACCCAAGAAAUCAAAUUCUCCAGAAGAAGCUACUUUUCAGACCCCAAAAUCCAGCCAGAUGCCUCGGCCUUCAGUGCCACCAUUAGUUAAGAUGUCACUGUUUUCCUCCAAAUUGUCUACGCCUGAUGUUGCCAGUCCCCUUGGAAGCCCGUUUGGCUCUAGUGUGGUGAAUCGGAUGGCUGGAAUUUUUGAUGUAAAUACCUGCUAUGGGUCCCCUCAGAGUUCUCAGCUCAUAAGAAGAGGGCCAAGAUUGUGGACUUCUGCUUCUGAUCAGCAAAUGACUGAAUUUUCUAAUCCUUCUCCAUGUACCUCUGUUAGUGCUGAGGGUAAGACAGCGAGACAGCCCAGUAUGAUUUAUUCAUGGAUUCAGAAUAAACGUGAGCAGGUUAAGAAUUUCUUAUCAAAACGGGUGCUGAUAAUGUAUUUUUUCAGUAAGCACCCAGAGGCCUCUAUUCAGGCUGUUUUUUCAGAUGCCCAAAUGCAUAUUUGGGCAUUAGAAGGUCUGUCUCACUUAGUAGCAGCAUCGUUUACCGAAGACAGAUUUGGAGUUGUCCAGACUACACUACCAGCUAUUCUUAAUACCUUGUUGACGCUGCAAGAGGCAGUGGACAAGUACUUCAAGCUUCCUCACGCUUCCAGUAAACCGCCUCGGAUUUCCGGAAGUCUUGUGGACACUUCUUAUAAAACAUUAAGAUUUGCAUUUAGAGCAUCACUAAAAACUGCCAUCUAUCGAAUAACUACUACAUUUGGUGAACAUCUGAAUGCUGUGCAAGCAUCUGCAGAACAUCAGAAAAGACUUCAACAGUUCUUGGAGUUCAAAGAAUAGCUCAGUAAUAUAAACUGUGUUCAUUACACUGCUGAUACAGCUACAGAUGGGACAGUAAAUGUUCAGCAUUCUUGGAUCAGAAGAAAAUGGACUAAUUAGAUGCUUCCUUUGUCGUGGUGGUUGCUUUGAAAACUAUACUUUAAUGGGAGAAAUCAUGGAAAGAAAUGCUCAACAGAAUAACCGAAAACUGCCUUUUCUGUACCGAUUGCUUUUUGUGUGUGUGGUAUAAUAAAAUCUUUAUUCAAUUUUA